CAUCAGCCGAAGUCGCCGAACGAACAGCGCGCCGGCCGGUUCCAAAUAGCUAGCGACGUUCCGUGUUUGCUCCUCGCCUGGCAACGCCGGCCAUGGCGCUGCUGAAACGCAGCUUCAACGCGGCGCUGCUCGACAAGGACGACGACUCGUACCCGUCCAAGAUGCCGGGCAGCCUCGCGCGCACCACCGCGCCGGUGGCCAAGAUGAUGCGGCUGUGGAACUACAAGGAAGGCGCGGGUCUUGGCACGCACGGCCAAGGCAUCAUCGUCCCCAUAAAGACCGAAAGGCGUUCUUCAAACGCCGGCAUCGGCCACUCCGAGAAGCCCUACGACAACGGCCUUCCGGGCGCGCCCGCGUCGCUGCCAGCCGGACACAAGUGGGGCGAGUGGGCGGCUGCCUCACGAGCCCUGCGCCUUGAACGGGACUGCUGCGAGAAGACCCUCGCGCUGCUGCGCGACGUGAGGCUUCAGGGCGACGACAGCGCGGAGACGGCGGACGCGCUGGCGGCGAUCGUCAAGUCCGAGGAGGUGCUCCAGGGGAAGCGCGCGCUGGGGGCGAUCGUCAAGUCCGAGGAGGUGCUCCAGGGGAAGCGCGCGCUGGGGGCGUGGAGGGCCGCGCUGCCUCCCUCCGCCGUGCAGCACAUCGUCGAGCGGGUUCUCGCGCCCAGGAUGGCCAUGAAAGCGCGAGAGUGGGAGCCGGUGUGGAACCCGGGCUGUGACCAUUGGCUACGUCCGUGGCUUCCAUUGAUCGGAAACUUGCCGGAGAGCCUCUACGGCAUUGUCGAGAGCAAGAUCAGCGGCGGCAGCUACGACACCAUCUCCCCAUGGAAGGACUACUUCGACCCGGCGCAUUGGGAAAUCUUCUCCCGGCGCCACGUCUUGCCUAGGAUGACACGGUGGCUGCAACAGCUGAGGAUCACGCCCCCGAAGCAGAUCGACGUCAAGUUCCGCACGGUGAUGGAGUGGACGCCCCUCGUGCGCACUCAAGACGUGGUGUCGAUCCUAGAACAAGAGUUUUUCGGCAAAUGGGAGAGCGCGCUGCGCCAUUGGCUGCAGUCCGCGAAGCCAUCGCUGGGGGAGGCCGACGCGUGGUGCACCGGCUGGAAGAACCUCUUCACUCCAGAGCUGCUUGAUGACAAACGCGUGCUCGCGCGUCUGGAGGCUGGCGUUGCCAUGGUGGAUCGACAAACGGAAGACCUCAACCGUCUUGUUUGUCAUAGUUGAUACUAGCUAGUCUGCGUCAACAGCUUGUACAUACGGUUCUAGUCACUCAUGAUUAGCAAUGUAAUGGUGAUCUUGUACAGUGGCGGAGCUAGCCGAAAAUCACUG